CGUGGACAGCAGCCGGCCAAUCCGGUUUGAAUCUCAUUUUUUUCCUCUCACCCCCCCCUUCAGGAGCGGUUGUGCGAUCAGAUCGAUCUAAGAUGGCGACUGUGGAACCGGAAACCACCCCUACUCCUAAUCCCCCACCUACAGAAGAAGAGAAAACAGAAUCUAAUCAGGAGGUUGCUAACCCAGAACACUAUAUUAAACAUCCUUUACAAAACAGAUGGGCACUCUGGUUUUUCAAAAAUGAUAAAAGCAAAACUUGGCAAGCAAACCUUCGGCUGAUCUCUAAGUUUGAUACUGUUGAAGACUUUUGGGCUCUGUACAACCAUAUCCAGUUGUCUAGUAAUUUAAUGCCUGGCUGUGACUACUCACUUUUUAAGGAUGGUAUUGAGCCUAUGUGGGAAGAUGAGAAAAACAAAAGAGGAGGACGAUGGCUAAUUACAUUGAACAAACAGCAGAGACGAAGUGACCUGGAUCGCUUUUGGCUAGAGACACUGCUGUGCCUUAUUGGAGAAUCUUUUGAUGACUACAGUGAUGAUGUAUGUGGAGCUGUUGUUAAUGUUAGAGCUAAAGGUGAUAAGAUAGCAAUAUGGACUACUGAAUGUGAAAACAGAGAUGCUGUUACACAUAUAGGGAGGGUAUACAAGGAAAGGUUAGGACUUCCUCCAAAGAUAGUGAUUGGUUAUCAGUCCCAUGCAGACACAGCUACUAAGAGCGGCUCCACCACUAAAAAUAGGUUUGUUGUUUAAGAAGACACCUUCUGAGUAUUCUCAUAGGAGACUGCGUCAAGCAAUCGAGAUUUGGGAGCUGAACCAAAGCCUCUUCAAAGCAGAGUGGACUGCAUUUAAAUUUGAUUUCCAUCUAAAUGUUGCUAAGAUAUAAGAGAAGUCUCAUUCGCCUUUGUCUUGUACUUCUGUGUUCAUUUUUUUUUUUUGAAUUUUGGCUAGAGUGUCCACACUAUCCCAAUCAAAGAAUUACAGUACACAUUGUCCCCAGAAUCCAUAAAUGUGUUCCUGGCCCACUCUGUAAUAGCUUAGUAGAAUUACCAUUACAAACACAUUUUACCCAUCCACAAUGUUAAAAAAAGAACUUGCAUUUCUAUACCUUACAGGAAAAAAAUUCUGUUUAUGUUCCAUUGUAUGCAGGAGCAUAUUUUGCUGGUUUGAAAGAGCAUAGAGUUUUCUGGCAAUUUUCUUUGUUUCUUUUUACAGCAUUGUCUUUGCUGUACUCUUGCUGAUGGCUGCUAGAUUUUAAUUUAUUUGUUCCCCUACUUGAUAACAUUAGUGAUUCUGAUUUCAGUUUUUCAUUUGUUUUGCUUUUGUUUUUUUCCUCAUGUAACAUUGGUGAAGGAUCCAGGAAUAUGACACAAAGGUGGAAUAAACAUUAAUUUUGUGCAUUCUUUGGUAAUUUUUUUGUUUUUUUGUAACUACAACGCUUUGCUACAAAUUUAUGCAUUUCAUUCAAAUCAGUGAUCUAUGUUUGUGUGAUUUCCUAAACAUAAUUGUGGAUUAUAAAAAAUGUAACAUCAUAAUUACAUUCCUAAUUAGAAUUAGUAUGUCUGUUUUUGUAUCUUUAUGCUGUAUUUUAACACUUUGUAUUACUUAGGUUAUUUUGCUUUGGUUAAAAAAUGGCUCAAGUAGAAAAGCGGUCCCAUUCAUAUUAAGACAGUGUACAAAACUGUAAAUAAAAUGUGUACAGUGAAUUGUCUUUUA